GGGGGAGGGGGGAGGCACUUCCUCCAGUCGCACGCACCUAAUGCUACGCGCUGGAUUUCAGACUCUUGAACGACAAUUCAGACGUGGGUCAAGGAGGGGAGAGCAUGAAGUCAACCCACUGAAUUAGAACUUCAGAACUUCACAAACAUCACAUAAUUAGUGUGAAAAACCUCCGGACCAGAUAGGCUGGAAAAUCUUAGGAUGUUUGUGAAAUUCCGACGGCCUCAGAGAUGCCACUUUGUGCAGGUGAUCUUCAUUGGUCUUAUGUUGUCAGGGAUCAUGCUUUAUUGGGACAAAUUGAACAGCUUCUCAUUUGAUAAUUUAAGUGCAAAUCCUUACCACUUCCUCGGCAUGGGCCCAAGUUUCAGAAACAGUAGCUUCACUGUCAGCAGGGCGGAGGCUCGUAAAUUCAGUAAUUACCACUAUUUGAUCAACCACAAGAACACGUGUGAGUCCAGUAAUGUGUUGCUCCUCCUUUUUGUCAAGAGUUUCCCUCAGAACUUUGCCCGUCGUCAAAGUAUACGAUUGACCUGGGGUAAUGAGCGCUAUAUUGAUGGUGAACUGGGUGUGUCUGUGAAGGUGCUGUUUGCUUUAGGUGUCCAUCCACAUCUGAAAGACAGGGCGCUGAUCCAGGGUCAGUUAUUUCGAGAGGACCAAAUGUACCACGACUUAAUCCAGCAGAGCUUCAUCGAUUCCUUCUACAACCUCACCACUAAACUACUUCUUCAGAUCAACUGGGCACACACCUACUGUAGUCAUGCUCACUUCCUAAUGUCUGCUGAUGACGACAUGUUAAUUCAUAUGCCUAACUUGGUCACUUACCUUAAGCAAGUGCACCAGGCAGGUACUCGGGACUUCUGGGUGGGCAGGGUGUUCAAUAAUACGGGACCAGUUCGCAUUAAGAGCAGCAAAUAUUAUGUGUCACCUCAUCUGUAUCCAUGGGACUCUUAUCCGGCCUACACUGGAGGAGCAGGAUAUGUGGUCUCCAGAGAUGUGGCCUCACGAAUACACCAAGCUUCACUUACGCUUAAUGCUACGCUCCACAUUGAUGACGUUUUUAUGGGGAUCUGUGCCAGUGUUAUAGGGGUGGCUCCAAAAGCACACAAUUUUUUCUCGGGUGAAAAAAAGUCUCCUCAUCAUCCUUGCAUCUACAAACAAAUGAUGACAUCUCAUGGACACGAGUCAGACCUUCAGGAACUCUGGGGACAGGCAACUAACCCUGAGGUUCAAAAGGUGGACUCUGGCUUUACAGGCAAACUGUACUGCUCAGUAAUAAAAUGUGCACUGCUUUGCAAUCCAUUCAUCCGAAACACUUAUCCUUGCAACCCAUCAACCAUUUUCUAAGGUUGAUGUUUGAACCUUUGUCACAUAGAAGACUUGAUGCUGUGAAAUAAGUACAUGUUAAAAUGUGUGGUGCUAAUAUUGUCAUUUUUGGGAAAUGUCUGCAACAUUGGAAGUCCAAUUACUGAAAACACUGUCUGAGCUAGGUACAGCUAAGAACUGAAAGUGCAAUGAAGACAUUAUCCUCUUUUGAAGAGGAAUCCAUUGACUGGAGUAAAUGUAUGUAAUGUAUGUAAACUUAUGAUUGACGUUGAGUAUAAAACAUUUUUUUAAAAACGUUCCUGGGCAGUCUUUCCUCACAUCAUGCUGUUUACCAGUUGUGUGUGUAUUUUUUUACACUGCUGAUGCAUCAUUGUGAAUCCUUUGGUUUGUGAAUGAAUGCUUUGCACAUGAUGAACUUAUAUCAUGAUUUCUCAUCUCAACAUGUAUUAGUUUGAAAUUAACAUGGAUCAACAAGCUUGACUGACUGUAUUGACGUAUUUAAGACCUUCCCUGUGAAUGAGAACACUGUCGCUAUGAGGUGAUCAAAUUAAGCAGUUUUUUUAAGUAUCUGGCUGGUUAUACAUGUAAAAGUUUAAACACAUGUAACUGAGAGAAAAAUCACAUCUGUAAAAUUGAAAAGGUGUUGGCUGUGCUGUUCUUGGCAACAGCUUCAUUGAAGCUUCAGAGAAUAGACAAUGGAGAUGUUUUUGUCCCAUAGAUCAGUAGUCUUCCAUAAUGAAGACAGAACAAUUACAGUUGAAAAAUGUUACCUGUUGGUCUGUUCUUGGGGUAUUUUGCUGUUGGGAACUAUCAGCCUUGACAUAGUCCUGUGAUGUAUGUUGUGGAUUCUUUGAAAUACCAGGCUACUGAUAUUUCACAUGUGUGAAUGAAACUC